GAAGUUUCCUAAUUGAAAAUAAAAAAUUUGUUAUCCUGACCAAGACAAAUAGAAUCAAUCAACGCGCGGUUUAAGUGUUCAACACCAACCUAGUUGCUGAGUUGCUGGUCUCAUUAUUAAUUCCCCAGUUCCUCACUUAACCAUGUUCAUGUUCGAGGAAACACAACUGAAACUCCAAAAUAUAAUUCAGAUCAGAAAGCAGCUCAAUUGUUGAUCAAUUGAAGAUGGGAGUACUACUUUCAAGAUUUUCUGAUUGUCUUAAGAAGUUGAGAUUCUGCCAUAAAUCUGCUGCCGCUGACGUUGAUCAAACUUCUGAACUGUUUUUCGAGCUCCGUAUACUUCAACUUGCUACCAAUUUCUUCUCCGACAUGAACUUGUUAGGUCUUGGCGGCUUCGGCCCGGUUUACCAGGGUUUGAUGCCAAGUGGACAAGAAGUAGCAGUUAAAAAACUGUCAGUAUACUCUAGACAAGGUGUUACGGAAUUCACCAAUGAAGUGAAGCUGCUGUUGAAAAUUCAGCAUAAAAACUUGGUGAGAUUGUUUGGCUGCUGUAUAGAGGGAGAUGAGAAAAUGCUCAUUUACGAGUAUCUUCCAAAUAAGAGCCUUGAUUAUUUUCUCUUCAAUGAAGAGAAGUCAACAGUCCUUAAUUGGGCUACAAGGUACCGAAUCAUUACUGGGAUUGCUAGAGGACUUGUGUACCUCCAUGAAGAGGCUCCAGAAAGGAUUAUUCAUAGAGAUAUUAAGGCCAGCAAUAUAUUGCUUGAUGAUCAGUUAAAUCCUAAGAUAUCCGAUUUUGGUUUGGCCAGAUUAUUUCCUGGUGAUGGCACCCACUUGGAAACACUCAAGAUUUCUGGUACUUAUGGCUAUAUGGCACCCGAGUAUGCAAUGCAUGGAUAUUUGUCAGUGAAGUCAGAUGUUUUCAGUUUUGGGGUGCUAGUGUUGGAGAUUGUAAGUGGAAGAAAGAACUUUGUUGACAAACUUGGUCCAGAGAAGGCAGACCUCUUGAGCUAUACAUGGAAGCUCUUCCAGGAAGGGAAGGCGCUGGAGAUAGUUGAUGGUAGCCUAGCUAAGUGCAACCCGGAUGAGGCGGCAAUGUGCAUUCAGCUUGGGCUGCUGUGCUGCCAGGCAACAGUUGCUGAUAGACCAACCAUGAGUUCUGUUCAUCUACUUCUAUGUAGUGAAUCAUUCACUUUGCCUCGGCCAGGUAAACCCGGCAUUCAUGGCCGCAGAUGGAGUGGGCCAAACUCUUCUGCUUCUACUAAAACUAAUACUAGUAGUUCCUCCUCUGGUGUCACCAAGACUUUAACAGGGGGCAUUCUUGUUCAAGAGCUUUCCAGAAAUUCCAUCUCUCUUUCUUCUAUUGAUCAAGGUAGAUAAUUUAUGUAAUGGACUAUCAUUGUUUAUAUUUUUUACUCUUGUAGAAUAGUUUUGGAGGUUAUAGUUAUAGGCUUGUGAAGCUUAUUUGGAUUACUUGCAUAUUAUUCUAUGUAUAGUGAGUUGCUACAUUUUUAAAUUACAGGAUAUAAAAUUUGUUCUCAUCAUUUUUUUCAAUAAAGUCCCGUUUCGUUCACCUGAUUAAAA